CAUCUAUUUGGUGGAAUCAGCACAUAGUCCUGCAUAAAUAGGCACCAAGUCUUCCCCAUCCGUCCACUGUCCUCCCCCGUUUCUUGCCUUCUAAUUCCCUUCUCCCUCGGCGGGCGGCGGGCGGCGGGCGGCGGGACGGGCUUAAAAGCCCGUCAGAAGCUCCGCGAGUGAGCCUAAAAGAAAACAAAUGGAUAUCCCCUUAGUUAUCGGCCUCGCCUCGGCGGCCCUCGUUUUGUCCCUGGCCCUCCUCUCCCUCGCAUACGCUAUCGUCUUCCGCCGGUACAGGAUACCGUGCUGCGGAGGCUGCCGCGACGUCGUCGACCUCGAGCUGGGCCCCGCCUGCGCCCGCGUCGCCGAUGGCCCCGACCCCGGACCGGAGCCCGAGCCGGUCAAGGGCGAUGCCGCCCCCCGCCGGUUCGGCUGGACCGAGAUCGAGUCCCUCACCGGUAACUUCACCUCGUCUGCCGUCGUCGGCGAGGGUGGCUCCAGCACCGUCUACCUCGCCGCCCUCCCAUCUUCCCUCGCCGCCCUCAAAGUCCUCCGCUCCAGCGAGCGCCUCCACCGCGCCUUCCGCAUCGAGCUCGACGUCCUCCACCGACUCCGCCACCCCCACAUCGUCCGCCUCCUCGGCUUCUGCGACGAACGCGAGGAGGGGGUUCUGGUGUUCGAGUACGUCCCCAACGGAACCCUCCACGAGAAGCUCCACGGCGGUGGCGGCGCGCUGCCGUGGGGCCGGCGGGUGGCGAUCGCGUACCAGCUCGCCCAGGCGCUGGAGUACCUCCACGAGCGGUGCGAUCUCCAGAUCGUGCACGGUGACAUCAAGGCCUCCAACGUUCUCCUCGACGAAAGAUUGGACGCGAAACUCUGCGACUUUGGCUUCGCCCGGAUGGGGUUCUCGGCGGCGGUCCAGCCGCCCUCGACCCGGUCGGCCCACCCCAUGAUGGGCUCCCUCGGCUACGUCGACCCCCACUACCUGCGGUCCGGAACCGUCUCCAAGAAGAACGACGUGUAUAGCUUCGGUGUACUGCUUUUGGAGCUGAUCAGUGGAAUCGAGGCCUUCUGUUCGGAGAGGGAGCAGCUGUUGACGGCUGUGAUGGGCCCGGCGCUGCGGGACACAGGAAGAGGGGCGGGGGCGAUGGCGGACCCCAGAUUAAACGGAGAGUACGAUUUGGAGGAGGUCGCGGGAAUGGCCGCACUCGCCGCGCUCUGCGUCGGGGAGAACCCGAGCCUGCGGCCGUCCAUGGCGGAGGUGCUGCGGGUCAUGGGCGAGAAGGCGUCCUCGUCGAUCUCGGCCGUUGUUUCCAAAUCAAACGGCAAUCCGGAUUUGUAAAUUUCUUUAUAAUCUCAGGUUAACGGUAGCAGGAAAAGGAAGCUGUGUGUAUGUAUAUACAACGAGAUCAAUAAUAGGGGAACACAUGAUUUAGACCAAAUGCAGUGGUUCGUUGCAAUGUACUACUUUUGACUUUUUUAGAUGUGUUCGCCCUAAAUCUAUAUAAAUCAUCCAUUUUGGCAAUUAAAAAAAAGCAUGCCUCAUAGGGUUUUUGGGAA